GUUAACGAGUCGAACAUAGGUAGUAACGACAUUAGUGCUACUUAAGAUGCAUGAAAUGGAUGUUAGUGGAGAGUAUGCGGUGUCAAUCUGCCUAAUGCCGACUACUAAACGCACUGGACAACUCUAAUGUACAUUUUCGUCGGGAUUUUCUUUAAACUUUUCUGUCGUUUUUUGAAGGAAGCAAACAUUUGGGUUCCGGUGACGAAUCGCUCUUUUUCUGUCAGGAAACUCGCAGCGUUAAAGAUUCAGUUUCAGGCUUUGGUGCCUUAAAAACACGUAAUAUUCGCGGGCCUUAAGGUUAAAAUAGUUGUUUUUGUGCAACAGAAGGUUGUGUAGCCUGAGAAAGACGCAUUUUGUGUUGCUUUUCUGAGUUUUUUGCCGUGUAAAGCCACCGCCACACAGCAACGGAAAGGAGAUUUGGCUAAUCGAGCUUCAACUAACAUUAGCCGUUGGAUGCGGCUACGUGGGUUAACUCAUUUUGUCAAAAAACAACGAAAAGGUGGACGUUUUCCGGUCAUUUAUUCCUUUUUAGCACUUAUAAAGACUUAAGCUAUUUUUGCACCUGCAUACGAGCAAAGUUAUCAUCAUUUAUCACCCAAAAAUAACAGUUAUAGAGCUUCUAGUCGCGAUGUGUUAAGUUUUCCGUAACGGUUUUUUUGUUGUUGACGUUACUUCGUCAGCCUACAGGAUCGGAGCUAACGGACUUUUCUCUGUGUAACUGAGGAAAAAGAGGACAGAAUUCCUGCUGAAGUGAACUGGCCCUAACGGACGGAGCAAGGGAGCAAAAAUCUGCAAACUUAGCAGGAAAAGAAGCCAUCAGACUCACGGAAAUCGCUUCGUCUCCCUUUCCCUCCCCUCCUCUCUAACUGAGGUUCAGUUUCAAAUGGAUUUUUACACAAAAGCUGCAGCAUCAGCCGUUGGCUUCGUGAUUCAUUGCUGAUUCCUGUUUACUACAUGCGGGAUGUAACGGCAUGCCUUCUGCUAUCAACACUUUUCUGCACAAUAUACAGUUUGAAAGUUGAAGAGUGAGAGAUUUAGCAGCAGCGGACCUAAAUGUGAGUUUGUGCACAGCUACAAUGAGAAGACGACGGCGGCUUCCGUGCUUCAUCAAAGUGCUGGACCUAGCGCGUGUAGCUGGAGAAGCUUCCUUUACUGUCACAUCAUGAAAUGACAGUGGGCCUCUAGGAAAGACCACAACUGUCCACUUCUGCUUUCUUUUUUUGGACUUAAUCUCUCUCCAUGGUGGUGCGGGACGCUUUGGGCCUAAGUGGCUGCCCCCAGGGGCCCAAGCCCCGGGCAGCAUUUUAGCGAUGGCCCAGUCGCUUUGCCUACUUUACUCCAGGUGCAGAGAAGCUGGAUUUCUGGGGACAGCAUUGCUGAACUAAGGCAGUUUCCAGUUCUUGAUACUUUUUUUGAGAAGCUCAAGGCAAAAAGCCAAGGAGGGAACACUGCACUGCCAAUUCAGGCUAUUGAUGGGUGGUGCUAGAAGACCAAGUGUGUGAAGACUCCAGAUCUGAACCAGAAAAGGGAAGCACACACCGCAAAAAUGAAUGAGAGACAGGCUCUCCAUUCUAUAAUGAAGGACCUGGUGGCCCUGCAGAUGACCAGGCGGCAGCCCAUGUCGACUUACGACACGGCCAAAGCCAAGCCUGUUAACACUGCCAGCACGACCAACAGACAGGAUGACGUCAGAAUUAAGUUUGAGUUCAGUGGAGAGAGAAGGAUACUUAUGUUUGGUCGGCCUGUGCAGUUUGAGGAAGUCCAGCAAAAGGUCAAGACUGCCUUUGGACAGCAGCUAGACCUGCACUAUAUUAAUAAUGAGAUGUCCAUUCCUCUACGAGGUCAGGAUGACUUGGACAAGGCCAUUGACCUUCUGGACCGCAGCUCUAACAUGAAGAGCAUAAAGAUCCUGCUAAUGACUCAGGAGCACAGUAAUGUGUCUUCACCGUCUCAUCACACUGGAUGUAAGCAGGUUCGAAUCAAAGCAUCUCAGUCAACAGGGGAUGUGAGCACGGGUUAUCAGUCUUCAGAGCCCCGGGGACGCCACCCAUCCACAAGCUCACAGAAUACUGGGCGGAGCUCUCCACCCCCUGGUUACGUUCCGGAGCGUCAGCAGCGAAUUGCGCGCCAGGGAUCCUACACCAGCAUUAACAGUGAGGGAGAGUUCAUACCUGAGACCAGCGACCAGUUAGUCCUUGAUCCAUGGAGCAGUGCAGAGAACUCAGUGUCUGGGAGCUGCCAGUCACUUGAUAGCAACUCAGACAGUCCCUCACUCAGAAAGUCUCGCAUGCACAGGGCCAGGAGUUAUCCUGACAACAGGCAGGACUGCGCAGACCGGGAAAACCAUGUAUAUGACAAGGUUGUUGGAAAAGGAGGAACGUACCCACGGAGAUACCACGUCUCCCUGCAUCACAAAGACCUCAGUGAGGGUCGGCGCACAUUUCCAAGGAUACGCCGCCCCCAGGGGAACCUGUUCACACUAGUGCCGUCCCGCCGAUCACUCAAUGGCAGCGAGGAAAGUCUAGGCACCUGGCAGCUGGUGGAUACUCAGUCCAGGCUUCGCCCACAGGACCGCCCAGUUCCACACAAGUCCCCCACGGCACCAGUGACAUGGCGGAGGGGGAAACUGUUGGGGCAGGGAGCAUUCGGUAGAGUUUAUCUCUGCUAUGACGUUGACACAGGCCGGGAACUGGCUGCCAAACAGGUCCAGUUUGACCCAGCAAGCCCUGAGACCAGCAAGGAGGUCAGCACUCUGGAGUGUGAGAUUCAGCUGUUAAAGAAUCUUCAUCACGAGCGCAUUGUGCAGUACUACGGUUGCCUUAGAGACCACAACGAAAAGACCCUCACUAUCUUCAUGGAGUACAUGCCUGGGGGUUCCGUCAAAGACCAGCUGAAGGCCUAUGGGGCCCUGACUGAGAAUGUGACGCGCAAAUACACCAGACAGAUCCUGGAGGGCAUGUCCUACCUGCACAGCAACAUGAUUGUCCAUAGAGACAUCAAAGGUGCCAACAUCCUGAGAGAUUCUGCAGGGAAUGUGAAGCUUGGAGACUUUGGGGCCAGCAAGCGGCUGCAGACCAUCUGUAUGUCCAGUACAGGUGUCCGCUCAGUCACUGGGACGCCUUACUGGAUGAGUCCGGAGGUCAUUAGUGGGGACGGUUAUGGCCGCAAAGCCGAUGUCUGGAGCCUCGGCUGCACCGUGGUGGAAAUGCUGACGGAGAAGCCCCCUUGGGCAGAAUAUGAGGCCAUGGCGGCCAUUUUUAAAAUAGCCACUCAGCCGACUAAUCCCAUGCUGCCCUCCCAUAUCUCGGAACAGACUCGAGAUUUCAUCCGCCGCAUCUUUGUGGAGGCCAAGCUCAGGCCCAGUGCGGAGGAGUUGCUCAGACACCCCUUCUCCCAAAUCCUCUGCUGAAGAACCCACUCUGCCUAAGGCCUAAAAAAACGGACAUCUGGGCCAAGGACUCAAGUGAUGAUCACAAAGCACAACUCCAGAGGCAGUCUACACUCCAUUUUGAAUAGAAUGUGUGAACUGCCAUCAUGCAGUCAGCAGCUAACAGAUUCAGUUCUCAAAUCUGGCUGUAGAAGACAGUCUUUCAGUGCUGGCUCUAUAACAGCAGGGGGCGACAAAGGACACUUGAGUGCUGCAGCAGGCACUUUUUUCUAAGAAAUUCAACAGUAUGUAUUGACAAAAUGGUAGAUCACCUGAAUGGCUUCUUACUGGACUCUACUUUUCAAAACACCAUCUGUGCCUUCUGAAACCAAGCUGCUAAAGCUUAAACUCUUAAAUACAAGGUGAACGCUGACCCUUUGACUGUUGUGGAAAGGCACGAGGCACGAAGGCAACAAAAGAUCAUUCCCAAAGACUGGUUGUUUUUUAUAGUACAUCCAAAUUAGUUAGGUUUAGGUUUUGACUGAAGUCCUAGGAGCUCUAGGACCUGUUGUGUGACCUGAAGGCUUCUUCAUAAGCUGCCAGUGUUGUUGUAUCUGUGCCUCUGCUGGAGACGUACAGUUUUUAGGGAUGAAUUUUUAUUUCUGCAUGUUCUCUUGACUAUGCUAGUUUCAUAUGACUGUAAGAUGUGUUUCACACAUACUACCUCUGCGUGGCUUGACUUUAUUUUUGUUUUGGUGCUCAUGUUAACAGGUUACAGCAGGGAAUGCCAGUGUUAUCCACUGGUGUGGCUACAGCUUCUGCUUAGUUGGAAUGAAAGCAGUGCAGCACUGCAUCCCAGACACAUCCCAGAGGAGGCAGUUACACUGUUGAGCCUAUUUUAUCGGCAAAGUACAGUGAAAUCAGCUAUAAAAGCCAACGAAAACAAAACUCUGAACCAAAUAUUUAAAUGGUAAAACUCUAUGAUCCCUACUUAUUAUCAUAUGAACUGUAGCUGUAGCUGUAGCAGUCAUGUCACGCAGAGGUACAUGUGAAAAAGGCCUAAGGUUGAGCUCCCUCAGUCAUAGCAGCACUGGCUUAGUUGCCCAUUCAUUGAUGGAGAGGUUGAGCCAUUUGUGCCUGAUGCAUAAAACAACCUGUCCCAGCUGUGUUUCGGUUGUUAUAGCUUCUUUUUCGCCCUUUAAAGGCUGCUGUCCUUUGACUAAAUGCUCUUUGUGACAGGGUAUGUAGUUUUAGUUAGACAAUGAACUCUGUCUUCCACUUUUUCCAUAGUACCUGAGAAUUCAUACAUGCAAAGUUCUUAAGACUGAAAAAAGCAUAUUUAAUUUUGGUCAAGACUUUGCUUUGUACCCUUUUCAUAGUUAGGCUACGUUGCAUUGUGUUGGCUCCUGUAGAGGGCACCAUCUGAGUGCUUUAGAAGCAGCUACUAUAACUCAGAAUAAGCCAAAUAACACGUAAGGGCUGUAAAAAUGAUAUUUCUUGCCAGAUUAUAAACUGGUUAGAUUGGCUAAGGAGGUUUAAGGUGUUAAAAGCACAUUAGGAUUUCAAGCUGAUUAUUUUUUAAUAUUUUUUUUUCUGGUCUUCCUGAACGCCAGUCGAAAGAGAUUUAGGGAACGUCUGAUGUAUGGAAGUGUUGUGCCUUAAAGCUUGACGUGGCAGUGUUUUGAACUCCUUUGGAUCAGAUGCACUUUUGUAAAAUGAAUGUUGUUGUAUUUACCAAAUUUUUUUCAUAUUUUACCAAAUUUUUCAUAAUGUGAAAUCUCUUUUAUUUAUAUCCUAGUGCGCAGCCAUCUUUUUAUAUACACAAAUAUUCAUGUAUAAAUAUAUAUAUUUUUAUAUAUGGACUCUAGACUAUUUGAAAUAGGUUGAUGUCUUUUGGAAUAUGAAACAUGAGACGAGAUGUUAGAAACUAGAACAAAAAAAAAAACAACAAAUGAAAUCGUGUAAGCAGCUGGUUUUGCAGAGAUUUACAGCGUUUUAGUGCAUUUCGAGGUGGAAAAACGCACUCUGGCUGUCUCUGAACUGAGCAAAGCAGAAACCUGUUUGCGUGUGUAUGCAUGUUUGUGUGUCUGAGCAGUGAGAAGAAACAGAUCCUGAUUCUGUUAGUGGUUCAAGGCUGCAAGUGAUUAUUUCGAGAAUUUUUUGAUUUAUUACCAUAUCAAAUCAUUAUGCCUUCUGCAUUUUUAUUCUCACAUCAUGGCAUUGCCAUCAUUUAAAGUUGCUAUUAAUCUCAGCUAGACACCUGUAACAGUACACAUUUUGAGCUUUGAUGUGAUUUUCAAUUCUGAGAUUAAGAUUUGAUUCAAUUAGCUUUAAAAAUGUCAUGUUAACUUUAACCAAAGAUCACAGCUGCUAGAAUUUCUAAGCGACUUCAGAAAAAAUACAUAGUGGUAGCCACAUCCCCUCACAGCCCAGUUUGCAAUGAUAGGACAAACCCAAACACCUAGUCAACAGCAGUUUCCACAGAAGACAGUUAAUGAGAGUGACAGUAGAAGAGUUUUACACCAUUAACUGUUGUAUAGCCUGGUUUAGAAUGUUGAGAGAGAGAGAGAAAUGAGAGAUUUUGAGGGUUUUAGAAAGUGAUGUACCUUUUUAUUGCAUGUAGAAUGAGUUUAGUCAAUAUAAGCAUGCGGGAUUAGGUAUAAUGUGUGAAAGUGCUGAACGAUGAAGUGAAUUAGAGGUGCUGCUCAGGUAUCAGGGCAGUUAGACGCCAGAGGGCGGAGUUCCACUCAGCUUGACGACUUUGUUUAGCUCAGGGUUUGAGUGACAGGUGCCCAACAUGCGGGCACGCACACGCUCUGACCAAUCAGUGUCUGCUUUUGUUUUUCCACUUCUGCCCUUCCUUCUUUUUCUUCUGUAAAAAGGAAAGACCUCCUCCAAACGUAUCUUUUAUGAAUGGAUCAAGUGAGAUACAAUAUGGCUGCUACAUGUUUUGGGCAGCUAGAUAUUAAUAUUGAUAUCAAACUUACAGAUUCAGCCUUAGAGGAACGUCAAAGUUUUUUUUGUUUUGUUUUGUUUUUCUUAUAGUAUUUUUGUUUUGAAUUGUGAAAACCCUGGGGUAAGCAAAAGACUAUGAACCAUUAGGUUAAAUAUAUAUGAAUAUGUAUCUUGACGUGGGACUUGCAGUGCAAAGUCCAAUGUAUCAAAGUUAUUUACUUUUAAUAAAAUAACUGUAUGCCCA